UAACGGACAUUUCAGGCUCCUGCAGCUAUUGUCGUUGCGAUACUGCUCACGCUCGCCAUCUUGGUCGGAGGCUACUUCCUCUCGCGUAGACUGUAUCGACAACGGAAAGAGAAGCAGCGUACACAGAUCAUCCAUCGAGAGUUCGACCUGGACUUCGACACCAAUGACCUUGAAAUCGGGUCCAUGAAACCUAGGCACAUCCGCACGCUGAGCGAUAGCUCAGAUACGCCUCUCAUCGAGCCCAUGCAUAACAAGCGCACCCUUCGUUUGCCAUCCACGACUUCGAGCGACUCGGAGAUAUAUUUUGUUCCAACGCAAUCGUACGAUGCGAAAUUCCGAUCAGACGGGCCCGAGCCACCAAUACCUAUCUCUAAGGAGCCACCGCCUCCUCCUUCGCUGACAACCGCAGAACACCAGCUUACCGCUUUAGUUUCGCGACCGUCAUACCUCGCAAAGCCGCGCCGUGCCCCGCGCCCAGGCUCGCGGGGGCUCCAAGGGGCGCAUGACACGCUUAAGCGGCUCACUUCCACUCGCUCUAAGAAGCGAUCUCGGUCUGUAGAUGACGCAGACAGCCCAUCUUCAGUCUACUCGCAGAUGUCGGCGGCACCCGCGGCCUACCAUUCAUUUGCCGACCUCCCCUCUGCAUUCAUCGGCGAACACGUACCGCCCGUGCCACCGCUCCCCACCCAAUAUCAGCAGCGACCCCUUGGCGCUGGAGUCUGGCAGCAGGGCGUGCCACCCGAAACCACGGCCACAUCGGCAGAGGCAUCGCGUGGCUCAGAGAUGGGCUCAGAGAUAAGCUCGCCCCUGCCACUUGAAGACUCCCAUGCGUUCCCGCUUCCUGUCGUGAAUGACCCCAGUUCGCCAAACGCGCAGUGGUUCUCCACGCUGUGGGCUAACCCAUCAGGCACCGCAUCGCCAUUAUCAGACUUUUCGCCAAGCAACCGAAGCACUGUCUAUUCGAGGUAUUCCAACGUCCUUGGUGUACGCUCGCUCGAGGUAUCGAGCGGUAUGCCGCAGUACAAUUCUGGAAGCCAGGGAGAAGCGCGGAAGGGGACUGUCGGGUACCAACUCCCACUUAACUGGCGCAGAGAGAAUGCGCUGACGGCUAUGUCAGCGCUGCAACGCUGAAGUCAUUGUAUGACGUGUUUCCCCCAUCUUAGUGGACGCUCUCUGGUUUUUUUGGCUCGUUUUUAUUGACAUUUGUACCAUACGCAAGGCUUUUUGGGCGAAACUCGGACUUAUAUUUGCGUGAUUG